AUCCCUGCCUCCCCGCGCCCGAGGCGGCCUCCGCCUUGCGGCGCAAAUUCCUGGCGGGGCUGCGCGCCUCUCCGCGCCGGCAGUCGCAGCAGCAGCAGCAGCGAGGAGGAGGAGAGCGGAGAGAGCGCGGCCAGGGGCGAGAGAACCGCAUGUUCCAGCAGAGACCCCCCGCGAUGUCGCGCCCCACGCUGCCGCGCUCCCCGGCGUCGCCGCUCAACUCGCAGGGCAUCCCGGCGCCCGCUCAGCUCACCAAGUCCAACGCCCCCGUGCACAUUGACGUGGGCGGGCACAUGUACACCAGCAGCCUCGCCACGCUCACCAAGUACAACGACAGCCGGAUCGGGCGGCUGUUUGACGGCACAGAGCCGAUCGUGCUGGACAGCCUCAAGCAGCACUACUUCAUCGACCGCGACGGGGAGAUGUUCCGCUUCAUCCUCAGCUUCCUGCGCACCGCCAAGCUGCUGCUGCCCGAGGACUUCAAGGACUUCAGCCUGCUGUACGAGGAGGCGCGCUACUUCCAGGUGGCGCCGCUGGUCAAGGAGCUGGAGCGGUGGCGGCAGGAGCGCGAGCUGGCCAAGGUGAGCCGCCCGUGCGACUGCCUCGUGGUGAGGGUGACGCCCGAGCUGGGCGAGCGCAUCACGGUGAGCGGCGACAAGGCGCUCAUCGCCGACACCUUCCCCGAGAUCGGCAACGCCAUCUGCAACAGCGCCAACGCCGGCUGGAACCACGACUCCACGCACGUCAUCCGCUUCCCUCUCAACGGCUACUGCCGCCUCAACUCCGUGCAGGUGCUGGAGAGGCUGCUGCACCGCGGCUUCUCCGUGGUCGGCUCCAGCGGCGGAGGCAUCGACUCGUCCCAGUUCAGCGAGUACCUGAUGCGCCGCGAGGUGCGGCGCGCACCCCAGCAGCACACCGCCGUCAUCCGCAUUAAGGAGGAGCCCCUGGACUGAGCGGGAUGGACGGGGGGGGGGGGGGGCUGAUGAGGUUCGUGGGGGACGCGUCGACAUCGAGGAAACCCCUGGACUGGGAGAGCUGUGGGGAGCAGGGGGGGGGCGGUGGGGGAAGGGUGGGGGUAGAGGAGACGGUGGGGGGGGGGGGGAAGGGGAGGGCACGGGGAUUGUGGAAGACGAUGUGGUGGUGGUGAAGGGUGAUGAGAUCAAGAAGAUGGGGAUGAGACUCAGUGCUGACAAUGAUGGUGGGAUGGGAGGGUCGUGAUGAUGGUGCUGGCGAAGAUGAUGAUGACGGCCGUGGAAGAUGAAGAAAUUAAGAAGUUUACGAGCGUCGCUAUCGGUGGCUGUGAUAAUGCCAUGAAGAGUUUAACGAGAGAAGCUGCUGAUCGCGGUGAUGAUGAUUGAUGAGCUGGGUGGUGGUGGUGAUGCACCACUUGUGCGCUCCAUGCUCGGUCAGAGCUCAGGAUGUGAGCAUGUUGUUUCAGAGGGAGACGGAGAGACAGACAGAGAGAACGUAGAGUCGGAGACAGACGAGGAGGGAGAGAGAGGAAGAGGGAGAGGCAAAGCAAACUCACAAAUCUCUCGUUCUUUUUAAACUUCGCACUCCUCCGCGAGUCUCGUGUCUCCCUCCGUCUCCCUCUGCCCCCGAUGCAUCCGUGUCUCCCGGUGUUCCCGUCUCCCUCAAUGUCUCCCUGUUUCCCCGUCUCCUCUUGCACCCCCCCACCCCCCGUUCCCUCCCGUGCCUCCCCCAGCACCCCACCCCCUGCAACCCUCGCCACCCACCCCACUGCAGAAGCUUUGCGCGCGACUUCACACCGAGUCCGAGUGACCCAGGACCGCUUUGCCGAGUCUCAAGGCUCGUUUUCUCGACAGUCCCGCUACUUUGGGAAUUUUAACCAACUUCCCCCUCCCCCUCCUCUUGUCGUCGUCGCCGCCGCAGCCCCCCGUCUUUAUUUUCUGAGUAUUUUUUAAUCGCGGAGAAACCCCCCCAGCGCGCAAGGGGAGAGGAGCGUGGAGGAGGCCGCACGCGUGGACGCCCUCUUCUCCCGGGGUCUCCCGCCGUCUCCCGCCCGCUCUCUCCAGUGCGUCACUGCCACUGGCCGUGUUCACUCACGGGGGCCAUGGCCCAGCGAGACGUGGCCCAGCGAGACGUGGCCCAGCGAGACGUGGCCCAGGUGCGUGCGCCACCUGGCAAGUGGCCCACGCGAGUGGGGAGCGGGUCGCGCGCUCAGCUACGAACCCGACGACCCGAGUACGAUUUUCGCUCGCGGACAACACCGCUGACGAUGAUAUCAGUCGGUCUUGGGCCUCCCCUCGGUCGGCUCGUCUCAAAUGAGCACCUGGUGUGGUGUACACAUCGCCACUAGGGAGACAAAGGCGGCCGGGCGUGGUGCUGGCCACCCACCCCCUCGUGUGCCGUGCUGGCCUUCGUCGGUGCUCGCUAACAGCUCUUGCCCUGACAGUCUGUUAAAGGCUGCAUGGGGGAUCUUUAUCUGUGUGUACACGUGUAUGUACGUGUGUCUGCGAGCCGCUCAUUUCAAAAAGUCGAUCCCAUCCCUGGGGUCAAGAGUUGAAAGCAAGUCGCCAUACCGACUCCCUCCCCCCCCCCUUCUCCCUCCCCUCCUCGAUCGAUGGACGGGCGCGAUGUUGUAUUUAUAUAAACGAUGGCGAUGAGGUUGAUAACGAUGAUGACUUCAGUCCUCGCGACCCCACGGCCACUCUGAAGCCCCCGCAGGAGGCAGAGGCGGGAGUCCGGGUGGCGGGACGUGGGAGGCGGGAUCGAUGUGGUGCGAUGGUUGACACCUUGACACGUGACACAGGUGUGACACCACGUGACACAGGUGUGACACCACGUGACACAGGUGUGACACCACGUGACACAGGUGUGACACCACGUGACACAGGUGUGACACCACGUGACACAGGUGUGACACCACGUGACACAGGUGUGACACACCUCGACACGUGAUACAGAUGUGACGCCACGUGAUAUACAGGUGUGACACCACGUGAUAUACAGGUGUGACACCUAGACACGUGACACAGGUGUGACACCACGUGACACAGGUGUGACACCUGAACCUGUGACACAGGUGUGACAUCUAAACACGUGACAGGUGAUUGAUUUCUAAACGGGGCAUGCCUGAACACGUGACUGGUGUGAUAUCUCAACACGUGACAGGUGAUGGCUAAACACGUGACACCUGAACACGUGGCACAAGCAUGUCACUUGAUAGUUGUCACCGAGGCGUUGGUGCGAUGUCCUGGUGGUCGAUGAAGUUCGUACUUUUGUGUAUAAUAAUAAACAAUAAAGAAAAGCAGCUGUAAACCCUG